AUGAUGACCUCUGUCGAUUUGCCUGAAGAUGCGAUCGAGAACUUUAUAUCUUUCACCAAUGCGUCCCGCGAGAAGGCAGUAGCUUUCCUCGAGGCAAAUAACCGCGAUUCCAAUAGAGCUAUCAAUGCCUACUUCGAAAACCCUGAUAGUAUUCAGCCUGAACCAACGGUAGCUUGGCCUAUGCCACCUUCCAGCCAACAGGAGGGAUAUGGGUAUCAGAAUCAAAAUAUCCAUUCAUUUAGAAUCGACUCCGAUCCGGUUCAUCCCGUUGGAUAUGGAACGGCUCCUUCACGACCCCCAUCCAGAAUAGGCUCUCGCGAACGCACUGAUGAAGCCAAGGUAGGCCAACCGAUCGAAGGCCUGCUGAAUAAACCUGCUGCGGGGACGGGUCCAAGUCAGCAUAUGUCUCUUGCGGAGCAGGAGGAGCACGAACUCCAAAGGGCGGUGGCUCUGUCGCUGAAUGCAGAACUCGGUGGUAAUGGUGAUAUUUCCAUCGAUGGCGGCGGUCAGGAGACCGGUGUUAUCAACACUAAUCAAACCAAGCUAGCGCCGGCAACCCAGAAUCAUUAUGAAGAAACUGCUUGGGCUUUGACACUUCUAGAGCCCGCUGCUCGCGAAGUGUGUAUGCAUCCAGAUCCGGAGGAGCGGAUGAGGGUCAGUAAUGAACCUGUGUUCCUUCGCCCUUCAGACGAGGCAGAUUACCUAGCGGGCUUCCUUACGAUUCUCCAUUCAAUUCCGCUAGCGAGGGAAGCUCUGCUGCUUCGGGAUAAGGUCAUCGAUGACUAUGGUAGUGACCCGCAGUGGUGGAAUGGACAACCUAUUAAUCUUCCUAGCUUGGUGACUCUCGCCGACGAUGGUUAUAUGGAUGAAAGUGGGCACGAUGACGUUUUACUCGAAGUGCAGAGACUCAUGACGUUUUUGGAUUCUACACAUCGCGCAUUUGGAAGCAUCGAUGCCCUUGCCAAUCUUAAAUCUAUCCAGAGCUGGAACACUGAAUACAAUGUUGGUCAAUUUUUGGAGUCGUGGCAACGGGCUGCCGUCGCAGCAACGCCGAAUAACCAGCUAGCUACAAUUUUUUCAUCAUUGGCCUAUAAACGGCCGCUUUCUGUGGAUGAAGAACCGAUUGAUAAAGAAUUCUUGGCGUUGGAACUUCCCGUUCAUUCAGACCUCGUGGAAACGCUGUACGAUGCUAUCGAUAUUUCAAUGUGGCAAGAUUCGGCAGACUCAGAACUUGAUGAUAUAUGGCUAGAUCGUAUUGGGGAAGUGUUUACUCUGCAGUUGAACUCUACGGACACGCAGAAAUCCGUCGAUGUUAAGAUCCCUGCUGUGUGGUACCCGGACAGAUAUAUGGAAGCGUGUAGGGACAUCUCGCGCGAGAUUCGCAAGCGCAGAAUUGAGACCAGUGUGGAGGUCGAUAAACUGCAGCAUCUGAUGCGACUAUUCUCGGCAUCAACGAUUGACCAUUCAACAUCCCAGACCAGAAAUACUUUUGAUUUAGCCGUGAGUGCACUGCAAGUCGCGUCGCGGAACAACCUCGUAAAUGGGUCUGUUGGGGAUCCAGAGAUGCAGGAACAAACCGUCGUGUCCCAUGAGGCUGCUAUGAAUCUCACUAAAGAACUGAAGGCUCUCACGGAAAAGAUUGAUCAGAAACUACGAUCGUUAGAGGAGAGGAGAGUGCAGGCCCUCGAGGCAUUAAGGCGGUAUUCGAAAGAGCUUACCACCGCGUCUAACGACCCAGCAAAACCACCACAUAACAAAUACACAUUGCGGGGCGUUUGUACCCAUCCUCAUGUUACGUACGUAUUAAGACGGCGUGAGAUGAGCAUUGAAGGAACCGACGAGCGCAGUUCUACGAACUCAGCGCCCGAUGAGUGGCAGUGGUGGCGAAUCAGUUUUUCCGUUGAUGAUGCCACAGCUCGGCACGCAGAAUCUACGCAGACUCCUGUGGUGCCUUCGUUGCAUCAAUGUUCAGCUAUCCCCCAGGAACUAAGGAAACCAAGGGUUCCUUUGCCUUCCAAUAUGGAUGUGGCCGGGUAUACGGUGCGGCCUGUCCGAGAAAUAGAGGUGCUUCGCGCUGCGAAAGAAGAGGCUCGUUCUGUGUUGCUUGUAUACGCGAACGAAAAUGCGGUCAACUUUAAGGAGGGGCCUCUUCCGCCACAACUACAAGCAUUUGUCGACGCGGACAAUAAAGUCUUCGAAAGCGAACGAGAGGAAUUUGCUCAAAAGCUCCAACAACAAGCUGAAGAAGAACCCGCAAAAGGUAGCGACAAUUCGUGGCCUGACCUCGAACCCCUGGGCGGAGAGUUUGAUGAGACCUCAAGUGCCCAAAAACAAACAUCUGGGAAAGCUUCAGGCCUGGAACACGCACCCGCACCUUCUUCAUCAUCGGUGUCAGGAGAAGAGCCUACUGGAACCAGACAAACAGGUCGCAAUGCGGCUGGAAACAGCAAUCACAAGAAGCACUAUUCGUGGGAUGACCGGAUCCCCGCUAGCCUCCUCCCGGAAAGUUCUGCGUUCGACAGCAAUACGAUAAAUGUGUUCGACUAUCAAGUCUCAUCAUUCCCUGACACGCCACCCAGUGAGCCGGAGGACAAGGAGCCGGAGAUGCAAGAAAGAGGAGUUGGUGGUGGGGGAAUGGCGAUUCUAAGGCAGGCUGGUAGUAGUGGAAGUGGUUCGGUGAAGCGCUCAGUCCAGCCUGCUGUUUCUAUGGGGCGGAUCCAGGAGGAGAUUGAUGAUGAUGGUGAAGAUGACAGUAGCGGCAAUAGCCGCGGCCCCGGAGAUAUGCGGGUGGAUUACGAUAACCCGGCUAGCCGUACGGCGGGGGGGCUGAGGCCCUACGUACUAGUAGGAGGUGACUUCUCACACUUCGCGAGGGAGUGCCUCAAGUACCAUGGCACCGAAGUCCCGUGGAUUAACCAGCUGCUGCGCAAGUGCAUGCUGAAUCGUGGUCAUGAUGAAACGUUGUUCGGACAUCCUAUCCUCAAACUUCCAGGUGUAGAGGGCAGAGACUUGGUGGUACAGUCACUUCAAUUAAGCAUCCGCGAAUGUUCAGAACCGGAGGAUGAGCAGAUGUGCAAUUUGAUCGAAGAUCUUAUUAGAGAGCAAAACUUGCUAGAAAAUGAGCAAGAACAAUCAUCAUCAGCCGAUAAAGCUCAACUCUCAAUACUCCGAGUUCCAGUGUCGCAAAAACUGGUCAACGAUUUUGUUGAUACUCUCAAGCUCCCCGGCAAAGAGCAGGAUAAGUCAAAAGAAUGCAUCAGAUGCCACUGCCCACCAAUCUCAGCCCAUCUCACAUCGUGCCUACAUAUUUACUGUCAAGACUGUGCUGAGGAGACAAUGAUUUAG